AUGGAACCUGAAUGCCCUCAGGUAACUGCUGAAGAAUUGCAUUCAGUUGAGUUGGUUUUGAGCAUAGGACCAACAUUGGAAGAAGAUAAAGGAAAAAAACAAACUAAGGGGAGAAUUACCACAAAGCCAAAGCAAGUUCCAAAACAAGUUAUACCAAAAGGGUUAAACGAACUGCUUUAUAAGACAAUAGAACAAGCAAAAAUAAGAGGUGAUAAAAGAUGUGCAGAGCUUGGAGACAAAUUUUGUUCCCCUUACUGCAAUAGAGUGGUGAACAUGCAUGAAGCACUCUUGACCCAAGAAAUGAGUGUGAUCCGCUUCACAUUUGCUACCUUUGCAGGCUUGCAAGAAGAGUUUUACCGAUCAAAAACUGAGGUUGCAACAUUCAAAGCUGUGUUUGAAAGCUUCUACAGGGAACAAUACGUAGCAUCGAACGGAAUAGAUGCAUUUGUAGAUAUUCUAAACCUUGAAGAGAAGAAAAGGGAUAGAAAAUCAUCACCACACAGAUUCUUCUUGUAUUCCACAAUGAUGCCGAAUAUCUGUUACGACGAGGAGAAAUACACAGACAACCAACGACUCAAAAUAUUUUCCUCGAAUUUUGAAGACAUGUUAAAUAGAUAUGAGGUAAAAAAAACUUGAAUCGGUUGACCUGGUGUUUAUUCCGGU